GUGGUGUUCGCUUGCUUCCGUGAAAACAAAUUUUUAAGGAGAAAAAAGUUUGCUUGCUUCGUUAUUUUGAAUACUGAAAAUGGAAGGUGUGCCGGUCAGGUGGCAUGGAAGAAUGGUGAUCUAUGGAUCGCUUGUGCUCCUUCUGAAGAUCCUUCCGGCGACAACGGGACUCUCAGACGCCCCUUCCUAUCCCUACGAGAAUCCUCAGCCUCCUCCUUGUCCCCCGGGCGAUCCGAUCUGCCAAACGCCCAGAGAGAAUCACGGCGAUGAUCUGCAGCUGGGAGAUUCUUAUGAAGAUAUUUUGGGGAGUGAGAGUCUCGAUGUUCAAGGAGAUACGAAAAAUGGAAUUGAUGACGAAGAAGAUAAAGGUUGGAAUAAGGACAAGGAUGAAGAAAAUACGGGCGGGAGGCAAGAAUCACAAAAGGAGGAGGUCGAGGUGAUUCUAGACUGUGUGUUCUCGACCAUACCACUCGUAGGAGGCAAGUGGUUGACGAAGAUAUUCAGAGAGAGAGUGUCCGAUGCAACGCUGAUCGAGGCAACAAAUAGCUUCAUCGACGGUGGGGAACUUCUUAUCAAUUUGAUCAAUCUCAAACCACGUGCGGUACCCGUAAAGUUUUUCAAAUCGCUCAGUUCCUGUUUCGACUUCGAGGAAGAUUAUAACCCAUACGAAAGAGAGGAAAGAGAAAGACCUACUCAAAGCACAGGAGAUCCUAAGAUGGACGAGGGACCGAAGGUGAAAAUGGCAUCGUCUACCCUCUCGCAUCAAAGAAAACGGAGGUCGACCAAGGGCGGUUAUGGCAAGGACACUCUGUAUGGAUUUGCUCUGCUUGGGCUGCUUAUUGUUGGUUCCAUGAUAGCAUAUCUUAUUUAUCUUUUAACGAUGUAAUUUAAGAAGAAAACAAAUAGAUUAAUCUUGGGGAAUUAUUGUUAAUUUGGGCAUUAUUUGCUAUGUGAUUAUCUCGUAUGUAAUAUUAUAUAUGUUAUAUAUUAUAUUAUAUGUGUUUGUUUCUUUUUUUUUUUUUACAAUGGAUGUUAGUUGUUUCGGGUGCCAAGUAGAUGAAUGUUGUCUACAAUAGAUAGAUAUUGUGUAUACGUAUGAAAUAACUGUGAUUCAUAAUGCAUCUUGUAAUAUAGUCAAAUAUAGAUAUCAUGUAAUGUUAAGGUGCCAUGACACGAAUUAUAUAAGGAGAAAUAUAUAUAUUUUUUUCUCUCACACAUCCUGUAUAUUCUAAUCAUUAAGUACAAAACACAUGAAUAAAAAGCAUGACAAAUA